UAUCCCCGUGACAUCGGGAUGAGUCAGUCGGACUCACCUUAAAGUCGUUCCUCUCUGUAAUUUCCUAAACCCUCCUGAGUUUGAUUUCGACACCCGCUUCAGACUCUCUGGUUAAUCCAGAUUGAGUGCCAGCGCCAUCAGCAAAUGGGAUGCAAAUGCUGACGGGAAAUGGGAUUCAGAUCUAGAGGUGGGACUCUGCAGCCAUCGCAGCUCUCAGAUGCAUGAGCACACCUGGAAUCUGAGGGAGGGACCAAAGCGGAGCAGACCUAUGAGCACACAGGCUAGAUAAGAGCUGCAUGGCUGCACACUGAGGAAUUACACACCCAACUCUAGGUUUUUAGGAGCUCAAAGCUGCAUCUGGAGGAACAAAAGGGAACAAGCUGCCACAUCAGGGGAGAGUUUAUCCACUAAGGCUGAACCCCACUGUGGAUUGUAAAGUCAUUAUGGCUUUUUCAACCACAAAGCCCACUUCUUUCCUCCCCAUUCUGUUCCUUCUCUAUUCCCCUCUCGCCUGCCUAUCCCAGACCCAAACCAACAGCACCAGCAGCCCAACCACUCCCUCAAACGCCACUUAUCCGAAGGUGCGAGGCUGUGGAGAUGGACUCCAUCCAGACUAUAGCUACCUGUGUGAUCGCCGGGCAGCCUGGGGGAUCAUUCUGGAGACUCUGGCCUCUGCAGGCUUCCUGCUAAGUAUAGGUCUUCUUUUAGGCCUGCUGUUCUGGGCGCUGUGCAGGUUCCUAUCUUCCCCGAACCGCAGCGGCAGCACAGUCGGGGGAACAGUCCUCUCCAUGUCCAUGUUUCUGUUUGCCACAGCCGGCAUCUUCGCCAUCACCUUCUCCUUCAUCAUCAAGCACAACCCCCAGACCUGCCCCACCAGGAUCUUCCUCUUUGGGGUGCUCUUCUCUCUGGCCUUCUCCUGCCUGCUGGCUCGCUGCCUUGCAAUGCUGGGUUUUGCAGCCGCCCGAAGCUGGGGGGAACCAGGCGUGGCCUUGGGGCUCUUCGUCGUGCAGGUUAUCAUCUCUACACAGUGGCUCAUCAUCGUCCUGGUUCGGGACAAGAACCCCUGCGAGUACAGCCAGGCGGAGUUUGCCAUGCUGCAGAUCUAUGUGCUGUGCCUCUUAUUGAUCAGUCUAAUCCUGUCCCUGAAAAUCCUGUGCCGCUCCUGCUUCACGUACACCUACAGCUACACGGGCCCCACCAACCAGCAGUGGAAGCCGCAAGCAGUCGCGCUCUGCGUCACCCUGGUGCUUUCCGCCUGCAUAUGGGUGGUGUGGAUCGCAAUGCUCACUAGGGGAAACGAGGAGGUGAACAAACAGCCAGUCUGGGAUGACCCUGUGCUGAGCAUCGCCUUGGUAACAAAUGGCUGGGUGUUACUUUUAGGGCACGGCAUCUCCCAGGUUGCCCUGUUCUGCAGAGGGGAGGCUACAGCCCAGGAGGUUCCUCUGAGCUUUGCAGGCUGGACUCACCCCAAUGCAGACAUCCCUGGACUGGGAAGCCAGAAGGAAGGGAAGGAAAACGGAAGCUACGAGAGCGAUAGCGAGAACAGGAGAGGCAGGAGAGCUGAGCCAGCGCUGCGAUCCCCCUACGAGUCUGGCUUCUCCUUGACGGAAAUCGACCCCAACAAGGACUACACCAUUCCUCGCCCUCAGACCACUAACUUCAAUCAACCCUAUGAUGAACAUUAUGCACAACAAUGAAGCAUCAUAGCUAAAAAAAAAAAA